UUCACGUUAGUAUGUGCGGUGCCCGCUUUCGCUUUUAUGCCCCCCACCGUCUCUCACCCGCGAGGCAUUACUAUGAGCGCAGAGAUGGGACAGGACCGCCGAGAUGUUGUCAAGAGUACCUUUGGCUUCGCGAGCGUGCUGGGUGUCUUGGCAUCCCUUUCGCCCUCCUUUCCCGCACAAGCCGGGUAUUUGAACAGCGAUAAACUUCCGGAAGUGAUCAAGCCCUCGGACGCCGAGGUGGACCAGGACAUUUUGAAGUCCUCCGAGGUCCAAAAUGAGUUGAAGGCCAUCCGAAACUAUAAGGAAGGGGUAUCAAGUUUGAGGUCUGAAUUAGCCGGGAACGCACAAGUGGAUUUGUACUCUCGCGUACGCAAGGACUUGGACGUCUCCUCCCUCCGCGACUCGCUCAACAAAGUGAACACGGUCUUCUCCGAAGACACUCAGCGAGGCACGGACCGGAUCGUCCGCAUCAUCUUGCAAGACGUAAACGAGCUAGAGGCGGCGACGCGGCAGCGACCCGGGACCCAACGUUCGGACACCAAGCUGAAACUGAUCACCAAAAAGCUGAAGAAGCUCGAUGCGGCCUUCGCUGAAUUGUUGACGUACUUUUAAGGUGGCGGCCCGGGACUCAGGACCCACGUCGGAGGCUCUUCCAGGGUCGAGCCAUGCCGUUUACGAGGAAACGACGUCGUCCGCGCGGUGGAAGCAGGGAGCAAGCAGGGCGGGGAAGAAAGCGGAGGGGCGUCACGAGGAACAACACGUGCUUGUGGGACGGUCCCACAUCGAAAGUGGUCGAAGGGGGGGGGUUAGGGUCCGAGGGCAAUGCUGGCACGCUUGGGUACGAAAAAACGACCUUUUCGGGCGCGGAAGCAGACAAGGUGCGAAUGCCGCGUGCGCGUGCAGAGGGGGGGCGAUGUCCUGUAGGAACCUUGUGGAAUGAGAGGAAGGACCGGGGGCCCAGCAAUGACCCAACCGGCGAGAAAGCAAACCAAGCUAUCGUCAGAA